UUUUGUUCGUUCGUUGAUUGUUCCGUUAUCGUUUUUAAGUAAGUUUAUUUGCGCUUUCCUUUGAUUAUAGCUGAUCAAGGUUAAGAUAAAUCUCUUUAGGAUGAAGGUCAAACUAAUAAUAAUUAAUAUGUUCUUUGCCCGAUUUAUAAUUGCAAAAUUUGUUAUAGCUUCGAUUUGCUAACUUGUCUGUCUUUCUUAUUGUCAUUUCUUUCUUUUAAACUUGGCGGAAGGAAAUGUUCUGGGAAAAACUUUAAUAAACUUGUAGUUUUGUUCAAUUUUGUUAAUUAAACAGCAUUCUUUAUGGCUAUUAAACUAACCAAUGUAUUUCCAUAUUUAUUUCCGUUGCUUUUUCCCACUUCUUUUUCCCAAUUAUUUUUUAAUAUAUUUUUUUCUCUUAUUGCUUAUCAGAAAAUAGUUGAUUUUAAUCUCAUUUUCAUCAUUUAAAAAUAUUUUUAUUUAUCCGUUUAUUCAUUUUAAUUUUUUUAAAUUUUAUUUUAAUAUUAUUUUGCUAAUUCAUUUUCUUUUUUUUAUAGUAAUGGAAAAUUCUAAUGCUGGAGAAAAUGGUUUAUUGGUAAAUGGUGUUCACAAUCCUUCCGUCAAUUUAACUUCAAAUAAUGAUUCUACCAAUCUUUGCAAACCUCAAAGCGUCGGAAUUAUUGGAGCAGAAUUUUAUUUUCCAAAAUCUUAUGUUGAUCAAAAAGAAUUGGAAAAGUUUGAUAAUGUCUCUCCAAAUAAGUAUACUUUGGGAUUAGGCCAAUUUGAAAUGGGUUUUUGUCAUGAGAACGAGGAUUCGUGUUCAAUGGCUUUAAGUGUAACUGCUCAAUUGUUGGAAAAUUAUAAGGUUGCUCCUACCUCAGUUGGUUUUUUGGCUGUUGGCACAGAAACUUUGGUCGAUCGAAGCAAGAGUAUCAAGUCAGUUCUGAUGGAUUUGUUUAUGGAAUCAGGGAAUACAGACAUUGAGGGUGUAGAUGAAAAGAAUGCUUGUUUUGGAGGAACCCAAGCUUUGCUGCAUUCUGUUGAUUGGUUAUUGGCAAUUGUUGUUUGUGUUGAUGUUGCUGUUUAUGCUAAAGGACCUGCAAGAAGUACUGGAGGUGCUGGUGCUAUUGCUUUUCUUAUAGGUCCAGAAGCUUCUAUUGUUUUCGAUUGUGGUCUUCGUUCUUUUUAUUCCUCCAACGUUUAUGAUUUUUAUAAGCCUAUUGGAGGUUUUUGUACAGAGUAUCCAAAAGUUGAUGGUCCGAACAGUGUUGGAACUUAUUUGCAUGCUUUGGAUGCCUGUUAUAAGGGUUAUUUGAAUAAAUGGAAGAAAAUUAAUUCGGAUGCUAUUGGCUCCUUAAACGAUUUUCGGGCUGUAUUAUUCCAUUCUCCAUAUUCUCGACUUUGCCAAAAAGCAUUUGCUUGGCUUUCUUUUGUCGAUUAUCAAAGAGAUCUGACUCCAGCUGGGUUCUAUAAUGGUUUGGAAGGAUAUAAAAACAUGUCUUUGGCAGAAAUUCUUCAAUUAGAAAAUGGCAAAACUCGUUCAGACAGCAAGGAUCGUUUUACAGAUAAAACGUUAAAUGCUUGUUCCUUCGAUGCUCAACAUAAAUUAGAUCGUUAUUUGGAAUUUGGACAACGGAUUGGAAAUAUUACUCCAUUUAUGCCUGAUUUGAAUGGUCAACGUAUUUUGCUUUUUUCUUAUGGAAGUGGUUGUGUUGCAGCAAUGUUUUCUUUAACGAUUCGUUUUAAUGAUAAAACUAAAGGCUUGUAUAAUGCUUUAAAGAAAAGUGCUGCAGAAGCUUUUGAUAGAUUACAUGAAAGAAUUAAAUUUACUCCUGAACAAUUUACUAAAAUUUUGGAGAAGAGAGAAGAAAUUGUUAAAAAUGGAGAUUGUUAUCUGAAAAAGAAGGAUUGUGAUAUCCCUAUGUUUUCUGGAGCUUAUUAUUUGAAGGAAAUCGAUGCGUCUUUGCGUCGUUUCUAUGGACGUUGUGAUAAAUAUUGA